GUGUUUCCUGGGUAGGAACGUCAUCAGCAUCCCGAGUUUCCAGCCGGAGUGACAGAAAAGGAGGCGACUGAUAGCCACGUAGAGAAGGCGAAGCAGUUGAAAGUUUAUGGGGGUGCUGCCAACUGCUGGCCUACUUCUUCAGACUAUGGAAUAGGACGUUUCCCAGGGGACCCGACGCAUACACAUUCAUAAAUAAAACACAAAGUGGACAAUACAACAGAAACUAUGGAAAUUGAAGGCCGAAGUUACAGCGAAGUCCUUAAAUCCAAAAAGGAUGAAACUGAUCACAUGGAAAAUGAUACUCAGAAGGACAAGCAACAAGGGCUGGACACAUCUAAAGUCCCAGAAGCUGUACUUCAUAAUGGUACCCUCAGUCCCGGCGGCGUGGUGGUAACCAACGGCAACGGAGAGUCAGGGGCCCCGGGCUCUGCGGGGAGGAGCGUCCACGCGAACGGCUCCCUGGCCCUGCGGGGCCCUCCCCAGACCACCAGCUCCCCCGUGCAGCCCCCGAGCCCAGAGGCCUCCGCAGGUGUGGCCGCUUUCCCCCACAUGGUGCUAGGGAGGUCUGAGGGCGCUAGCGCUGGGGGUGUGCCUCACAAGGGGGAUGCGCUGCUGUCUCUCAGAAUAAGUAUUCCUAUGCAGGAAACGGAAAUGUCCAACCUGGAGCCAUCGCUGGAGUUGGAAAAUGAGGAGAAGAUACGCCUGGACGCCCGCCGGCGCCUUGAGGAGCAGCUCAAACAGUACAGAGUGCAGAGGCACAAAGACAGGUCUCACCGAAGCAGCACAAGGAGCAGGCCCUCCAGCACCCUGGACACGGAGGUCAUGCUUCACCCUGAGUCGCUGCCCCGGGCCAGCACGCAGGCCAUGACGACGGAGUACUCCUUCAUGAGGACCACCGUCCCCCGGGGGCCCAAACUUGGCAGCCUGGGGAUCCCGCCAGCCAGGGAACGGAAGCCCAGGACCCCCCACUCCAGCAAGAUCCACUCCCUGGCUGACUACAAGUCCCCUGAGGAUGGUGGGGGUGGGGGUGGGGGCGGGGGUGUCGGCGGUGUCGGCGGCGGCGGCGGAGGGGGAGAGCCUGCGAGGACCGCAGACGGCUCCCUCCACUCCGCCAUGAGCUCCGUGUCGACCCUGUCCGAGCUCAGCAGCGUGUCCGAGCCCUCCCCCGCGGAGGGCCAGCCGGGCUCCCUCCUGCAGUCGGGGGACGGCGCCUUCGAGUGCGACGGCAGCGAGUCGGGAACCAGGCCCGGGACGGACGGCAACGACAGCGACAGCUCGACCUACAGCAGCGUGUCCGCCCGCGGGGUCUACGCCACGCUGGCGGCGGCGGUGGGCGAGCGGUACCGGGCGCCGUACACGGUGCAGGGCCGGGAGAUCGCCGCCGAGGCCGUGGGGCAGUACCCCUCCCUGAAGGAGGUGCUGCAGGCGGCCAGCGACGAGCAGCACCACCUCCUGGAGCUGGAGCAGGAGAGGGAGGGCCCGGCGGAGCCACGCAGCCGCAGGGACAGCUUCUCCAGCAGUGUUUCUCUGGAGAGCUCCGUGAUGGGCCAUGACGAGAUGCUGCAGGUGCUGAAGGAGAAGAUGAGGUUGGAGGGCCAGCUGGAGUCCUUGUCCUCGGAGGCCAGUCAGGCUCUCAAGGAGAAGACGGAGCUCCAGGCCCAGCUGGCCACGGUGAACGCCCAGCUGCGGGCCGAGUCGGCACAGGGCCAGGCCAGCCAGGAGAAGCAGAGCACGCUGACCUCCGAGGUGGGCACCCUGAGGCAGAGCUGUGGCCAGCUGGAGAGGGCCAUGGUGGAGCUCCAGGGCAGUCUGGAGAGCAGGAACGCCAGCCUGGCCUCGCUGGGCACGGACCUGCAGGUGGCCGAGGAGCAGUACCAGAGGCUGAUGGGGAAGGUGGAGGAGAUGCAGAAGACGGUCACCACCAGGGACACCACUGUCCAGGAGCUGCACCAGCAGGUGGGCGGUCUCCAGGGCCAGCUGCAGCAGGUGCAGCUGGAGCGCGGCACCCUGCAGAACCGCCUUAAGACCUCCCAGGCCGAGAUCGACUCCCUGCAGCAGCUCCGCCAGUGGUACCAGCAACAGCUGGCUCUGGCCCAGGAGGCCAGGGUCCGGCUGCAGGGCGAGAUGGCCAACAUGCAGGUGGGAAAGAUGACCCAGAUUGGCGUUGUGGAGCACUUGAAGCUGGAGAACGUGACCCUGUCCCACCAGCUGACUGAAACCCAGCACCGCUCCAUCAAGGAGAAGGAGCGCAUUGCGGUCCAGCUGCAGAGCAUCGAGGUGGACAUGCUGACCCAGGAGUCGGCCUACCAGCAGAUCCAGGACGCCAAGAGCAUGGUGGAGGACGACCUGCAACACAAGCUGGAGGAGUUUGAGGAGGAGAGGGAGGAACUGGUCCGGCUGGCCAACACGGCCAGCGCUCUGGAGAGAGAGCUGCAGCAGGUGAAGAUGACCCUGACCCAGAAGGACCUGCAGCUGGCCGCCCUGCAGCAGGAGCACCUGGAGCUCAUGCGGCAGCUGACGACCACCCAAGAGAGCCUGCACCACCGGGAGCAGUCCAUCAACCAGCUGGAGGCGCGCUACCUGGAGCUGGAGGCCCAGCUGGCCGAGCUGCAGGCCGACGCGGCCGCCAAGGACGACAGCCUGCAGUUCCUCCACAACGAGAAGAUCGUCCUGGAGGUGGCGCUGCAGGCGGCGCGCGCCGACAAGAGCCAGCUGGACGAGGACGCAGAGAGGCUGGGGGAGGACGUGCUGGUGGCCUCGGACGUCCUGGACCGGCUCAGGCAGGAGGUCCAGGUCAAGGCCGCGCAGAUUGAAACUCUACAAAAGGAAAAUGGCACCUUAAAGAAACAGGCCCAGAAAUUGAAAGAGCAGUUCCAACAACAAAAGGUGAUGGUGGAGGCAUACCGGCGCGACGCGGGCUCCAAGGAGCAGCUGAUUGGGGAGCUGCGCUCCACCAAGAAGCGUCUGGCGGCGGAGGUGUCGGAGCUGAAGCAGGCGCUGCUGGACGCCCAGGGAGAGACGCAGACGGCGGUGGCCGAGCAGGGGCGCCUCCGCCUGGACCUGCAGCGGGUCCAGGAGCAGAUGAACGGCCUGGAGGCCCACCUGCUGGCCGUGCAGACGGAGAGAGACGCACUGGACCAGCAGAUCCAGUCCAUCCAGUUCGACCAGAGCCAGCUCGCGGCUGUGACGGAGGACAACGAGGGGCUCAGGAAGCAGGUGGAGCAAAUGCAGAGGGAAGCCAAAAAAGCCAUCUCCGAGCAGAAGGUGCGCAUGAAGCGUAUGGGGACGGAUUUGACCAGUGCGCAGAAGGAGGUGAAGGCCAAACACAAGGCCUACGAGAACGCUGUGGGCAUCCUGAGCAGGAGGCUGCAGGAGGCUCUGACCGAAAAGGAGGCCGCCGAGGCAGAGCUCGUCAAACUCAAGGCCCAGGUCUUGGACGGGGCCAACAACCAGGCCCAACAGGAGAAGAUGGCAGCUCUGCAGGCGGAGCUGCAGUCCGUCAGCCACAACAAGACCUUGCUGGAGAAGGAGCUCCAGGAGAUCAUCAACCUCACCACCACAGAGCUGGAGGAGUACCAGGAGAAGGUCAUGGAGCUGGAGGAUGAGCUUCAAGAGGCUCGCUGCUUCAAAAAGAGAAUCCGGAAGUUGGAGGAUGCAAACAAGAAGCUUGUGCUGGAGCUUGAACACGAAAAAGGGAAACUAGCCGGAUUAGGACAAUCCCACAAUGCACUGCGGGAGCAUUCCAACAUCCUGGAGACGGCCCUGGCUAAGAGGGAAGCGGAUCUGGUCCAGCUCAACCUGCAGGUUCAAGCCGUGUUGAAGCGUAAAGAGGAGGAGGACCAGCAGAUGAAGCAGGUGGUCCACACUCUUCAGCAGGCACUGGAGAAGGAGAAGGCCCGAGUCAAGGACCUCCAAGAACAGGUGGCAGCAGCGAAGGCAGAGGCCGCCCACAACCGACGGCACUACAGGGCAGCAAUGCUGGAGCUCUGUGAGAUCAAGAAGGACCUGCAGGCCAAAGAGGAACUGGUCCAAGCCCUGCAGAAUGAAGCCCAGAAACUGCAAGCUCAGGAUGAGCAGCAUUCCAGCGAGGUGUCCGUCUUCCGGGAGGAGCUGAGCGAGGCCCACUCCAAGCUGCAGAUCCUCCAGAAACAGCUGGACGAGGAACUGGACAAGCAGCCCAUCACCACGCAAGAGGUGGAGGAUCUGCGGUGGGAGGUGGAGCAGAGGCAGCGGGAGCUGGAGUCCCAGAAGCAGCAGAUGGAGGCGUCGGAGCAGUGUAGCCACCGGGAGCUGGACAACCUCCAGUCGGCUCUGCAGAACAUCAAGGUGGAACUGGAGUCGGUGCAGGAGGAGCUCAGCGGCACGCGGAAGGACAAGUUCAUGCUGCAGGCCAAGGUGGGAGAGCUGCGCAACAGCAUGAAGACGGUGCUCCUGCAGAACCAGCAGCUCAAACAGGACCUCAAGCAGAGCCGCCUGAGGAAGCAGCGCAUGGAGCUGAAGGGAGAGGGGAACCCAUCCAGUCCGGUGACGCCAGUGAAGAUCCCAGACUGCCCGGUCCCCGCCUCCCUGCUGGACGAGCUGCUCAAGCCCUCUGCCUCGGUCAACAAGGAGCCCCUCAACAACCUCCACAGCUGUCUGCGGCAACUCAAGCAGGAGAUGGACAGCCUCCAGAGGCAGAUGGAGGAGCACACGGUGACGGUGCACGAGUCCAUGAGCUCCUGGAGCGCCACGGAGGAGGAGCUGACUCGACUGGGGGUGUCACAGCCUUCCCUGGACCACGAGGAGCCACCGGAGAGCAACAACAACCCAGCGGAGGAGGAGGAGGAGCAGGAGAGGCAGGAGGAGCAGGUCCAGCUGUCAUAACGCAGGGAGUUGACUCAGUAAGGGCAUAGGGUCAGCUGAGGUUUAUCCAAAAGGGCAAGUUACAUUUUAAACCUCACUAGCCUGGAAUAAAGUUAUAUUUUUCCUUGUUUAUUUUUGUUUUUUCUUAAAUAUUUUCUGCCAACAUUUGGCAUUCUCUCGCGGGCACUCAGGUGCUCACGUGAAAUAAUAUUUCAUCUUCCCAUAGCUUUAUUCGUCAGUCUUUAUUUGACUCUUGUGAUAUUUAUUCGCCAUUAAAGGAAUUUACCAAUGCUCAGUUUUUCCCAAGGGCUGUGUGAGAUUUUUCCGGUCUUAAGCCUUAUAGUGUUACAAACAGUUACAGCGUAGACAAGUGUUCAGUGUUCGCGUCACUGCUGUCUCAGUAUGGCCAUCAACAAUUGAAUCUGCAAUAAACUGUUCUUCCACUGUACUUCUGUGCAUGGGUAGGAAUGAUUUCUCUCAUCUUGAUUUACAGCGAUUGUCAAACCAGGAUUUUCUCACGGGAUCUUAACCGGGACAUACAUCAGUUAUUUUUGUAAAGGCCCUUGUGUUAAAAUACUGUCUUUAAUUUCUUAAGCUUGGCCCAAGUAUAUUGCCUUGGGUUAAUUAGUCUAUAAGUCUUUUCUUUUUCCUUUUUAUGUAUGUGUCUUGGCUGAAUUUGAUUGCAGAUGUGUAUGGGGAAAAAAAAGCCUUAUGGAUAAGAAAAAAGUGUUGUAAAAGGACUAAAGGAUUUAAAUGGAUUUGAUGUGUUUCUACUGAAAGUGAACAGAUUGUAAUAUAUAUUAUUUGAAGAUGCUGUGUGCGUUUUUCCAUAUUGAAUGGCUUGUUUAACGUUUGAGUUGCAUCAACUGACAAUGCAGACUUAACGAUGGGAAUCAUUUUCUAUAUAAAAUGUUUGUUGGGUGAAAGCAAAAAUGUUACUACUUCUAAUACUUUGGUGCAAUCAACACUAUUCCUGUAGUUAUGUUUUAUAUUUGCUGAAAAUGUUGACCCCGAAUUCAAUUGUUGGUUUCGUUUUGCAGUUAUUUGACGGUUAUGGAGUAAAGUUAAAAUAUUUGAGGGUAAUAUAUAAAAUUAUUUUAUUUUCUAAUAUUGUACAUUUGUAAUUUUUUAAUGUUAUAAAUGGGAUGAGAAACGUUAUUUUACCCCUAACUAAAUUAAAAAAGGAUGAUGAAGCAUACAAAUGGAUGGUACAGCUGCUUACAAAAUCGAAGGUUUCAGAAUGUCACUGCUCAGUUUGUCAUUAUUUACUAUAACCCUUGUCAACCAUAACGCUCUUUACAUUAAUAUACUUUAAAAUAACCGAUUUCGCUAAAAUAUCAGUAUACUGUCUUCAGAACUUGUACAACUUUAUCUUCCAAACCGUACCUGGGCUCCGUGCAUAUACCCUGCUGUAUUUACCGUUCUGCUCUGUAUUUAACAUUCUGCUCUGUUCUGGAAUAUUAUCAUUCCGAUGUUUAACGUUUAUCCUGGGAGAUGUCAUGUAUUUAUCGCAUAAAAUUGCACUAUUCAUCAAUCA